UCUGCUACCGACGAGGCCAAGACAAAAAUCCUAGAGCUCCGAGGCCUGGAGAUUUUACAGUUCAUCGACGCUUUAUUCAAUGUUCUGGAAUUCCUCCCAUUCAAAACAACAAAGACCCGGAAAGGUGGACUAGCUAUCGUUGGCUGGUCUUUUGGGAUCACAUUUUCCCUUUCGGCAAUCGCGAACAUAGACUCCUCGUUGGUCUCUAACGGGAUGCGAGAUCGGGUCGGACAGUAUCUACGUGCCCAUAUUAUGUUAGAGCCCGCGCUCACGGGUUUUGGUCUUUCCAUUCCCCCAGAAACGCGGCUUGCGUUCCGCGAUCCCAACAUUCCUUACUCAGCUCGCGCACCGCUCUUCAGUCAUCUCAACACAGGCUAU